AUGACGAUGAUAAAUUAUUGUCUGCAAAUAUCGUUGUCUUUUUGCUUUGUAUCUUUCCUUCUCACUCCCCUAUUUAUUUUGUCUUCUGCUACUUUUGCCUUCAUUUUUUUCCCUUCCUCAACUCGUCUUUCUGUUUGUGUCCCCUCCCUCUUUAAAAUGCGCACUGUCUUAUUUCUCCUUGCUGUUUCUAAUAUCUUCGUUUUUUUUUCAUCUCCUUUCUUCGACGUCUCACUCCAUUUUUUUCUCGUGUAUUUUCCCUCUCCCUUCAUUCUGAACUUUCUGUAUUUGAUUAUUUCCUUCUUUUUCUUCCUUUAUUUCUUUUCUUUCCUCACUUCUUUCUUCUCCGCCAUACUUCUUUAUUCACUUAUUUACCUCUUUCUUCUUUUCUACUCUGUUUCUCUCUUUUCUUUGUUCCUUGUCUCUUUCCUCCUUUCAUUUACUUCUUCCUCAACCCCUUUCUUCUUUUCAUCCAUUGUUUUUCUUCUUCCUAUUUUUCUCCUUAUUUACUUGUUUUUCGCUUUCUUAUAUUCUCGCGCCUUUCCGUCUUUUCUUCCUUCUCAUUUUAUCUCUCCUUUUUUUCAUCUUCUCUUUCUCUUUCCAUUUUCUCGUAUCCUUCUCCCUCCUUUCUUUUCUUGUAUCCUUUUUCUUCUUCUAUCUUCCUUUACGUCACAUAUAGCUUUUCUCCGUAUAUGUUUCUCAUUCAUUCUUAUUUUUUCCGUUUAUUUCCCCUCUUAUCAAGGCCGUUUUCUUUUCUUUCUUCUUUUUUUUGUCGUCCUUGUCCGCUUUUGUCGAAUCUUGUUCAUCUGUCUUCCAUUUAUUUUGUUCUCUCGUCUACCAUCUUCAUUGACGCUCAACUACAUUUACCUUCUUCCUUCCACAAGGCCCCUAUUCAUCUUGUUCCCAUUUUGCAUCGUGUUAGACUGCAUUCGUUUUUCAUUAUCUAUAUCAAUACCCGCCCCUACUUCCGUUCUUCAUCACGAAAUAAGUAGGUUCUUUCUUUCUUCAGAAAAUCAAUUACGAAAAAAAAAACGGUGUAUUAUUAUUGUCCCUUUUUUUCUAGUAUGA